CUAUCGCGAAAGUUGAUGCUAGUUUACGAGAUUGAGGAAUUUCGGCGAUUUUCGAUGGGACAACAAGAGAGCUUUGAAAUUGAACAAAUCCGCAAGUCGUGGAAGGAAAAGCAACCCGAUUCGUGGUACGAACAUCACGUAAAAUUCGACGAUGAUAAUCUUCGGAAGACAAAAGAGACGGGAUCGAAACCUGUGAAGAUGGAUUUUGACGAAUUAUUGCCACACGUCGGAGAAUAUGGAAUUUAUCAAGUGUUUUUGUUCCUUUUAAUGUGUCCAUUUUUGUUCUUUUUGGCGUUUGUGUACAUGAGUCAGAUGUUCAUGACAUUGACGCCGAACGAUCAUUGGUGCAAUGUGCCUGGAGUGAGCAAUUCUAGCAUGCGAGAUGAGGAAAUUAAAGCGAUUUUCAUACCGAAAGUCGAUCAUCAGCAGUAUUCGAGAUGCACGCGAUACGACGUUGAUCCAAAUGAGGUGCUAACGAGCAUCGCAAACGGCAGUGAUAUUGGGCAGCUUCAGAGGGAAUGGAAGGAAAUUGAGUGCGAUGUAGGAUGGAGUUACAAUCGAACGGAGGUUCCUUAUUCCAGUCUUGGAAUGGAGCUAAACUGGGUUUGCUCUCAAGGCUAUUUCCCGAAUGUCGCCGUGUCAAUUUACUACGUUGGCGCCAUUCUCGGAGGACUUUUAUUCGGUUAUCUCUCCGAUCAUUACGGGCGUUUGCCCACUUUGGUCCUUGCUAACAUGGUAGCUCUCGCAUUCGGACUUUCAACGAUUUUCGCAACGAAUUUUUGGACCUUCAGCUUGUACCGCUUCAUGGUUGGCUUUGCUUACGACAAUUGCUACGUCAUGUUCUACAUCAUCGUGUUGGAAUACACGGGAGUGAAAUGGCGAACUUUUGUAUCGAACAUGAGCGUCGGAACAUUUUUCACUGCUGCCAUGUGUUUAGUUCCGUGGCUUGCAAUUUGGACAGAAGAUUGGAGACUUUUUACCGUUGUGACAGCAGCUCCUAUUGGUUUAGUUAUUUUUGCACCGCUGGUUUUGCCGGAAUCAGCAAGAUGGCUAAUGAGCAUGGAAAGGGUUGAUAAAUGCAUUAAAAUCAUGAAACGAAUUGCACGAAUUAACGGAAAAACUGUCGAUGAUGCCGUUUACGAGGAAUUCCGGAACUCAAACAUGAAUCAAACUUCCGUUCCUGAGGAAAAAACAAAUUUUACCAUCUUGGAUCUCUUCAAAACGCCAAGAAUGCGAAAAAUUACCGUUUUACUUUGUGUCAUGUGGAUGACUACAUCGCUCGUCUUCGAAGGUCAUGCUCGAAAUGCCGGCAGCAUCGGAUCGAAUAUUUUCAUCGUUCAUACAAUCGGGUCCUUCACGGAAUUCCCUGCCGAUAUAAUUCUCGUCUUAAUUCUCGAUAAAGUCGGGCGUCGUUGGUGUUGUUCGGUUGCUCUCAUGCUCGGCGGGCUUUUUAGUCUUUUAUCGACUUUAGCUCCGUUUGGCAUUUAUUCUGCUGCUCUUGCGAUUGUCGGACGUGCCACAGCGAAUUUUUCCUACAACUUGGGUAUUCAAUAUGCAGCGGAACUGCUACCAACUGUCGUGCGAGGACAAGGACUCACUUUUGUGCACAUCAUGGGAUAUUUGGCGAGCAUGGUUGCUCCGUUGGUUGUUUAUCUCUCGAAUAUUUGGACAUUGCUACCAAUGAUCGUUUUGGGUAUCGUAGGACUUGUUGGCGGAUUUUUGUGUCUUUAUUUGCCCGAAACGUUGGGAUGUGAUUUGCCUCAAACAAUUGAGGAUGGAGAAAAUAUCGGAACUGAGCAGAAAUUUUUUGAUUUUCCUUGUUGCGCGAAUCGGAGAAUCAGUAAAAAGGAUGAAAAGGAAAUCGUUAGGGUUAUUGUCAAGAAUGCCAGUGUUAGUGAAGGCAAAUAAAAAAUAUAUUUUAAAAUGUAAAAAAAAUAUUAAAAAUUAAUAAAAAUUGUGUUUUGAAGG